UGACAGUCUCGCGACAGCUGCAGUCCAAUAUGGCUAACGCGCAGGGGCUGCUUGCGAGAAAGUGAAAUACACGCCUUUGGUUAUUUAUAGUUUCUUCGCCCACCUUUUUUUUUUUUUUUGGAGUGUGUGUAACCGAAACAGCGCCACAAGACUGGUCGGAACCCAUUAAUCCCCCUCCCCUCCCUCCCUCUCCUGGUUUUAACCGGCGAAUGACAGCCUCUCCCGCAAAAGCUGUUACCCGCCCCCUUCCUGUAGGUCCUGCUCAUCAUGAGCUCAGGCCCUCUCUCGCCAGCGACAUGUCUGAGCCGCCCCUGGGACAGCUAGCGCCCCCUGGCGCCACGGAAGGAAAAACUGUGCCUUGUUCGUUCUUCGGCUGCAAGCAAGUCUUUUCUGACAUGCAGAAGCUGAUGAGCCACACGAGAAGCCACUACAUCCCAACCCAGUCACUGGAAGGCAAACAGUUCCACUGCUCCACGCUGGGCUGCACAGGCACGUUUCCCUCCAUGCAGAAGCUGAUGGACCACACGCGCCACCACUACAAGCCCAACCGCUACUUCCUGUGUGAGAGCUGCAGGAGCAGGCUGCGGACCCACCACGCCUUCUUCAAGCACCUGCACAUCUGCCAGAAGGCGGCCAAGAGCCGGGCGCCUCCCAAGCCCGAGAAGGCUGAGCCCGCGGCCCCCGCGGCCUGCGACCGCUACGCGCCCCCCGGCUUGCUGGCGCUGCCCCAGGCCGCGGUGCAUCAGCGCCUCCGCGUCCUGGGCCCCAGCGCGCCGGGGCUGCCCGGCUCCAACGCCGUCUGGAAGAAGAACCAGGGUGAGGCUUGUCUUGCUUCUGGCCAGUCCUUCAACAGCCGCAUCGUCUGGGAGCACACCAGGGGGCGCUACAGCUGCCUGCAGUGCCAGCACUCCACCCCCUCCCGGCAGGAGAUGACCGUCCACAUCGAGGAGCAGCACAGGAGCCCCAGCAGUUUCCAGCAGGGGGAGACUGUGGUCAGGCUGCUCCGCACGCUGACUGCGUUUACUCGUCUGAUUGGAUGCAACGCCCGGUUAUAA